ACACCCCUGGAAUCUUUGACACAUCAAAUAAAGAAGAGAAACUGAGAAAGGAAAUAGAAACAUGUAUAAUGCUGUCUGUCCCAGGACCCCAUAUGUUUCUGCUAGUGAUCAGAUUGGAUGUGCGCUUCACAGAAGAAGAGAAGAGUUCUGUUAAAUGGAUCAAAGAAAACUUUGGGGAUGAAGCCUCAAAGUAUACAGCAGUGGUUUUCACAAGGGGAGAUCAGUUCAAAGAAAGAUCCAUUGAAAACUACUUAGAGCAAAGUCCUGAUCUGAAGGAGCUCAUCGCUGAGUGUAAAGCUGGGUAUGUUGUAUUUGACAACACAUGCCAGAAUAAUCGCACUCAGGUAGCUGAUCUGUUUGAAAAGAUAGACCAGACAGUGCAAUUAAACGGGAACCAUUACACCAGCAGCAAAUACAAAGAGGCCCAGAAACAGAUGAAUCGGAACAAAUUGUUGCACGAAUGUGGAGACACAUUGAACUCUGCAGGUAAUUAUUUGCUUGUGGCAGGAGCAGUAGCUGCUGCACCUGCAGUUGGUGCUGCUGUAAUGGCAGCAGCACCUGCAGUUGGUGCUGCUGUAAUGGCAGUAGCACCUGCAGUUGGUGCUGCUGUAAUGGCAGAGAAAGCAGCAGCCACAUCCGUUCGGCCUCUAUUAAUGCUUGUAGGAGCAGGGAUUGUUAAAGGCAUUGGGGGCUGGAUCAUACCUAAAACAGAGAACAGCUAA